GUGCUUAUAAAGAGCGAGUCUCCUCCCAAGAACCACACUGUUUGUGACUGCCUGAGAACAGAAGCGUGGAAUCCUACAAUAUGAGACUCUUACUGGUGCUAGCGUGCUUCCUGGCAGCCUGCCUGGCAAAUCCUCACCCAUGCUAUACUCCUCCGUUGCUCACUGGAGCUCUCACUUUGUCCACACAGAACGAAGAGCUGUGGGUUUUUGCCAAAUACCUGUAUGAUGGAAUUGGACAACGUCUUCGGGUCUUCGAGCUGGUAAAUUACAAAAAUCAGUCAUUGACCGUUGACCUUCUGCUGCUCUACAGAGAGGCCGCUGCGUAUGACAUUAAAGACAGAAACCACACAUGCGCAAAGUACCCUCUGAAGCAACACUUCCAGCCUUGGCAUGUUCCAAAAGAUGCAACUCUGUUGGGCCCAGCCAUUUUGGGAAGCUCUUCUGGACCUGGAGAGGGACUCCUGGUCAACACCUGGAUGGGAGAUUUGCCCGACAAAACAGGAAAGUACAUAGCCACCGUCACUGAAUUUGGAUGCAUUCCCGUAUCAACUUCAUACCAGACUAAAGAGUAUGGAUGGGUGGUGACAUCCCUUUUCGACAACGUCAAAGGGAUUACGAAUCCCAGUUUGCUCGACCCCCCAGACUUCUGCACCAACGCGGUGACCAGCGAAGAGCCAGUAGAUUUCAUCAGCCUGCUCCACAAGAAUACACGUUAACAUCUCAAGUCUUCCUCGUAUGAUGUUUGUUGGGCUUUGACAAAAUUCUGCAAAAUCGUACACAUUUUUUUCCAAAUUGGUUCAGCAUUCUUUCACGCAUACACACAAAAAGUUAGCAAAAGUUAUUCAAAUCCAAAAUAAAAAAAACAAAAGCAGAAAAAAACAUCAAUCCAUUCAUGAUCAUGACUGUAACCACAUUGCAUUACAGCGAAAUCAACUGAUUUUUAUAUCAAAUGUACUUACAGGAUCAUACUUUCUAACAAUGUACUAAUGUUCAAUAUCUAACAAUAAACAUGAUUAACAAGACUGAAUGAAUGCAUACACUUUAUUUUUACCUUUCUCUGGCAAAAGGGAUAACAAUUUCUAAUUUUUUACUGCAAUGUAAGCAGCUCUAAAGACACCAUGGCCUGAAACAGAAAGAACUCAAAAAUAUCUUCUGUGCAAUAAAUGGCAAUAAAAAUAAAUAACUAAUACAAAAAAA